AUGGCGAAGUACAGUUUAGUACGGGUUGAUGAGUUUUGUGAUGGUCGUUUGCAGGCAAUUGACAAGAGCAUGAUCCCAAAGAAAAUGAUAAGCAAAGAUCUAAGUCGGGGGGAGUUGAUAUGUUGCGUUUUUGGUGUCUUAGGUUUUAGGUGUUUAAGCGGGACACAGAUGCUUUCGAGACUUAUCGGGCUCAUUUGGACCAGAAACGAUAGAAGGAGUCGAGAAACCAGAGUCAGCAACAUUGGAUCGAUCGAUCCCAUCACUAGAACGAUCGAUCCAGGGUUCAUCAUCGAAGACAAAUCAUCUGCCAGGAUGGGAUCGAUCGAUCCCAACUCUCAAACGUUGAAGAAUCUCACCCGCCAGCUCGGGAUCGAUCGAUCCCAUGUGGGGAUCGGUCGCUCCACCUCUGGAUCAGUCGAUCCACCUCUGGAUCGGUCGAUCCAGCUUCCUGAUGACUGGUUUUGGUAUUCUUUAACCGGACUGAUUUUCUAUUUUCUGUAA